AUGUAUGCCAGGUUGGUCUGUUCGUGUCUGUGGAUCCAGUCAGUUUUAACAUUGGCAGAUUCUAACCUGCACUCAAAAUUCAAGGAAUUCGAUGAGCUGGCACCAGAUAAUUUUACCGUGGUUGUAAAAAGAAAUGUCGUUUCUGGACAAGUAAAUAUGAAAAUAGUGACUUUCUCCGCGCUGAGAAAAUAUUUUGUUCUGCAUCUCGUGCCCGGGUCACCAGUUUUACGGAAAGAUUUCCAGGCCCACAUGGUGGACGGUGACGGAAGAAUAACCCCGGUCCACGUCGAUCAGCAAAUAUUCUAUACUGGCUAUCUUAACGGCAACCCACAGCACAGUGUGGAUGCUGUACAUACGGAUGACGUGUGGAUAGCUCAGAUUCACAGCCCAGACGAUGUGUAUUCCAUUGAGCCACUCACUCAUCACGUACCAGACUCGCCUGCCACUUUAAUGCUCAUCUUUAAACAGCGAGAUUUUAAUAGUUCAAUCUUCAAUGGCUACAGCCAUGAGAAUGCCACCUUACAGCCUUUCUGUGAGGAAGUGCAGUAUAAACAACACCCGUUGUCAGAUUCGCUGGCAGUUAAACAAAGAAGCCACAUCAAGAAUAAUACUUUAACAAAAUCAAACCCAUAUACAAGAAAUAUUACAAACAGCGACAGCCACGUUGGUCAUCCUUUAACAAACAGUAUAUAUUGGGACAAUUUUAAUUCAGAAACAUACUUGUCCAUAGAUAAUCAGUUUAAAAUUCAGUACAAGGAAUAUGAAGAUCGUUGGAGGAGAUCAAAUACAAAACGUGACACUCCCGUGUACGAUACGUGUGAAAUGCUUGUCAUUGCAGAUUUUGAAACCUACAGAGGUAUGGGACGAAGCAAUAUCCUCCGGAUGAUAUCGAUUCUUGUCUAUCUCUACCAGUCGGUAGAUCGAAUAUACAGAGACACGAUAUUUGAUAGUUUCACAAACCUGGGAAUCGUUAUUGCUGGGUUAAUUGUACACACCGAGUACACCAAUAUCAGCAAUCACUAUAACAUGCCCAACAACAGAAUGACAAUCGGAAAUACGCUCUUUUCCUUGUUCAGGGUAAAAAACUUGACCAACUAUUGUCUGGCACAUUUGACCACGCAGAGAAACUUCGCCGGAACUAUGGGGACUGCCACCACAGGUUCUCCAAAUGCUCGUCUCUGGGGCAAUGGAAUCUGCGCGGGAACCGUCAGUGACGCCAGAAACGUUGGACUCAGUACGCCGAUGUUCUCAGAAAACCUUGUCCUACCAGUAGCUAGGUAUCUGCUGGUGCUUGCCCAUGAGAUUGGGCACAACUGGGGAUCUAUUCAUGACCCUGAGGACAACCCCCUGUGCAACCCUUCCAGCCAGAAUGGAGAAGCCUACAUGAUGUCGGCCAUAGCUGCUCUUGCAGCCUCUCCUAACGCCAGAACAUUCUCACCUUGUUCGAGGCAGCAAAUUGCCAAUGUGUUAAAUGUGAAAGCCCAUUUCUGUUUCAAGCCUCGUAGCCUUGCCGAGGAAGUGUGUGGCAACAACAUCGUUGAGCCUGAAGAAGACUGCGAUGCUGGAUACCUGAUGAACGACCCUUGCUGUAUCAAGCGCUGCAGAUUCAAAGACAAGGCAGUCUGCUCUCCGUUCAAUCAUCCAUGCUGUACUAACUCAUGUCAGAUAGCGCCCCCGUCGCAGAAAUGCUUCGUUGAUAUCCAAGAUUGUCUUGAAGAUGCAUUUUGUUCGGGCACCGAGUCUCAUACUUGUCCUGAACCACAACCUCUGCCGAACGACUCCCCCUGUCAAAGUCUGGGUAGAUGCUGGCACGGGAAAUGCGUGUCCUUCUGUGAGCGGUUAGGCUUCAGUUACGAGCCUACUCGUCGUCUGCUCGAUUGUUCUUGUGACGAAGACCGUACAACAAUGUGCGAGCACUGCUGCAUGGACGUGGGGAAUGAACAAGGAUGUACCAAAAUGGGAGGGUCCAAAAUAGAUGGCACGCCAUGUCUGAGAGGCGUUUGUGUUAAGGGCGUUUGUGUGGACAGACAAAUGGAUGAUACUUUUGUUGACGUCGAGAAAGCAGUUUAUUCAAAUGGUUCAAAGGAUGCACAAGAGCCAGGACGUCUCGAUGAUGUACUUCUAUUUGGUACUGCUGUCUGUCUUGGAUGGUUAAUGGCGAUUCUUUAG